AUGGUGGAGAAGCGCUGCCCGCUGCAGAGGGACGGCGUGUACCGCUGGUUCUCGGAGCUGCCGUCGCCGCAGCGCGUGGAGUUCCUGUGCGGCCUGCUGGACCUGUGCAUCCCGCUCGAGCUGCGCUUCCUCGGCUCGUGCCUCGAGGACCUGGCCCGCAAGGACUACCACUCGCUGCGCGACUCGGAGAUCAAGGCCAACAACCCGGCCGACCUGGGCAGCCUCACCAACCUGACGGACGAGGUGGUGCGCAGCAAGCUGCUGGUGUCGCUGGCGCUGCUGGGGUCGGAGCAGCGCGAGGCGGCGGGCGUGCUCUACCGCACGCUCACGCACAUCGACUCCAUCAUCCACAACUACGGGCUGCAGCUCAACGAGGGCCGCACGGGCGAUGAGUUCCUGCUGCUCUUCACCAUGGCCUCCAACCACCCGGCCUUCAGCUUCCACCAGAAGCAGGUGCUGCGCCAGGAGCUCACGCAGAUCCAGAGCAGCCUGAGCGGCGGCGGCGGCGGCGGCGGGGGCCACGGCGGCAAGAGCGCGCUGCCCACCUGCCCGGCCUGCCACAAGGUAACACCAAGAACCGAGGCCCCGAUUGGCAGCAUGAGCACCAGUCUGGAGAGCGCUCUCCACACAUCAGUCCAUGCCACGGAGGACUCGCCACCCAAAAGGACUGUGGGGAAACACGCCAAAGUGAGUGUCGAAAAGAUAGACCUGAAGGGAUUAUCACACAAAAAAAAUGACAGAAAUGUUGAAUGUUCCUUUGAGGUCUUGUGGUCUGAUUCUUCAGUAACAUCAGUAACCAAAUCUCCCUCUGAAGUGACUGAAUUUAUUUCAAAGUUACCCCAGCUGCACCCCGAGGACAACCUGGACAAGUUCACUCCUUGCUUAGCCGGCCCGGAUUCAUUUUACGUUGAGCGAAACCACGUGGAUCUGGAAGCAGACCUGAGGUAUUUGGCUUCGUUACCUCCUCACGUGUUAAAAAAUGAGCAGGUCAGGAAAUUCUUCAGUUCUUCGUCUCCCACCCAACAGCUUCAAAGUCCAAGUGCUGGCACCCCUUCCCUCUCUAAAGUGGGCACCGUGCUGGGCGCGUCCGGAAGGCCUGUGUGUGGCGUGGCCGGCGUCCCCUCGUCUCAGAGCGGCACCCAGCACCACCUGCAGCACGCGGCCAGCGCGGCCGCCUUGCCCCACUGCUCCCACACAGGGGGUGCAGGCUCGGCGCUGGCCUACCGGGCCCAGAUGGACUCCUCGCCUGCCAUCCUGAUGCCCUCCGGGCUGCAGACCCCUCAGACCCAGGAGCAGAACGGGAUCCUAGACUGGCUUCGGAAACUGCGCCUACACAAGUACUAUCCCGUCUUCAAACAGCUCACCAUGGAGAAGUUUCUGAGCCUCACGGAGGAAGAUCUAAAUAAAUUUGAGUCCCUCACAAUGGGCGCGAAGAAGAAGCUCAAGACGCAGCUGGAGCUGGAGAAGGAGAAGUCAGAGAAACGGUGCCUGAACCCCACGGCCCCGCCCCCAGUCACCAGCAGCGGAGUGGCCCGUGUCCCCCCCACCAGCCACGUCGGGCCCGUGCAGGGCGUGCGAGGCCCCCACGCUGCAGCGCUGCGGGUGGACGUGGAGCCGCCGCCCCAGCAGACGGCGCGGGAGGGCAGCUCCUCCGAGUGCUCCAGCUCGUCACCCAGCCCGAUGGGGCUGCAGGCCCGGGACGAGAGCUCGGACAGCGCCGAGGAGAGCGACAGACGUGUGGACGUGCACGGGGAGGGCUCGGAGAAGGAGAAGCCCGUCAUGCUGCUGAACCAUUUCGCGUCGGGUUCCACGAGACCCACGGCCCAGGUUCUCCCCGUACAGAACGAGGCCGGCUCCAGUCCGUCGGGCCACCACCCCCUCCCCGCGCAGAUGAUGGCUGCGGCCUCGCACCUGGCGCCCAUCCGGAUGCUGAAUUCCGUGCACAAGUCAGAAAGGGGGGGUGCGGACAUGAAGCUCCUCCCGCCCUCUGUGCACUCUCUGCUGUCUCUCGAAGAAAGGAGUAAACUCUCGGGACCAAGAGGCGGCAUCAAAGUGGACAAGAACUUUGGCCACGCCGUGAUCGACGCGGCACCCACACCCACCCCCCAGCAGCCCCUGCAGGUCCUGUCUGCCCUCGCCGAGAGCAGCUCCGUGUCACCCACGGUCUCCUUCGGUCCCCGUGCCAAAGUCGUGCACACGUCCGCGCUGGACAGGGUGAUGAAGUCGGCCCCGCAGCCGGCCCUGGCGGGGGAGGCCAGCACUGCUGCCGCGGGCACGUCGGGCACGGUCUUCCACGCGGCCCGGCCCCCCAUCAAACUUCUGGUGUCUUCAUCUGUCCCCACGGAUUCUGCCAUUUCUGGGCAAACUGCCUGUUCGAAUAACGUGCAAAUAAGCGUGCCCCCUGCAAUAAUAAAGCCGCGGGCUGCCGUGUGCGCCGCCAGCACCAAAGCUGCCUUCUCCGCGAUGGGCAGUGUGCCCCUGGGGCCCCUGCAGGCCAGCUUCUGUGCGAGCAGCAACACUGCCUCUUCCAGCAGCCACCCCUCCGCGUCCUUCGCCAGCAUGGCCACCGUGCCCAGCUGCCCGGCCCCCAGCUCCAGCCCCGCGCUCUCCUCAGCCCCCGAAAGCAGUUUCUACAGCAGCGGCGGUGGGGGCGGCGGCGGCGGGGGGGCCGGUGGGGGCGGCGGGGGCUCCCCCGGGAACCUGCCCGCCUCCAGCCAGAACCACCACCACCACCACCACCACCAGCCGCAGUCGGCGCCCCAGCAGCCCGCGCCCGGCCCGCCGCCCGGCUGCGUCGUGUGCACGUCGUGUGGCUGCAGUGGCAGCUGCGGCUCGGGCGGCCUGACCGUCAGCUACGCCAACUACUUCCAGCACCCGUUCUCGGGGCCGUCCGUGUUCCCCUUCCCCUUCCUGCCCUUCAGCCCCGUGUGCGGCAGCGGCUAUGUGGGCGCCCAGCAGUACGGCGGCGGCGCCUUCCCCGUGGUGCACUCGCCCUACGGCGGCGGCGUGGCCCCCGAGCCCGUGCUGGCCGGCCAGUCCGCCUUCGCCGUGCCGCCCAUGCCCGGCUUCAUGGCGGGCGCGGCGGGCGUGUACCAGGCACCGGGGCUGGGUGGUGGCGGCGGCGGCUCCGGCCACAAGAAGAGCGGCAACCUGUCGUGUUACAACUGCGGGGCCACCGGGCACCGCGCCCAGGACUGCAAGCAGCCGUCCAUGGACUUCAACCGGCAAGGUACUUUUAGGCUGAAAUACGCCCCUCCGGCAGAAAGUCUGGACGCCACAGACUGAUACUUUCUCUGGCAGCAGAACACUAUUAAGCCAUGGAGACAUAAGGAAACUUAAAUACAAAACUGAGAAGUCUAGUUGCUGUUGAGCUUAAUAUUUUUAAUCCAAAGGUGCUUUACUUUACUAGACUGGAUAGAAAACCUAGCGUAGGAGUGCAUCAAACUCAGUUUUAUUGCCAAAAUCCUAGAUCGGAGCUUGACGUCAGGACUCGCCUGGUCGGGGUCUCCGCCGUGGCUGCGAUGCAGAGACCUCCAUGUCCCGAGGAGCAUUGCCGCCGUCGGUCCUUCCAGGCUCACACGUAAUUCCCGGGCAGCUACGCAAGAUCGGAACCGA